ACUUAUGGUUAUAAGAGUGGCACAUCGAUGGCGACCCCCACAGUUGCCGGUGUCGCCGCCUUACUCGCUACACUUGGUCUAGUGGGUGAGGACAUCACCAAUGCUAUUGUUGCAUCUAGGAAAAUUGGUGUACCCAAUCAGUUCAAUCUACCCGACAUCGGGGAACUAGACGCACUCAAUGCAACCCAUAUUGCCGUUGAUUCCAUCCGUCGGAUGGCAUCCGAGGCUACUGAAGCCCCUUGAGAGUUUUAGAUUUGGGUCGUCGUUGAGUCAGGUACCCUCGUUCAAUCUCCUUAACUGUUCAAAGUAAUGACUAUCGAAAGAUGAGAAUGAUAUCAUGAGUGUCAUUAAGUCUGCU